GCAACUCCUUCCUCCCCUCCUCAGACCUCAGGCCUCAAUCCUCAAACCAAUACUACCGAUCUCGCAUACUAUGCAAGCUAGCCAAGCUCACCGCGGCGAGCCUAUCAAUCGGCUGUCAGACUCUGGUAUCAGACAUGGCACAAACGCUGCAAUGCCCGCCAGUCAGAGUCGUCGUGCGGAGCUUAUCGAUGUAGCACUCGAUAAUGCGAAGCCAUUUUUCGAAUUGGCGGAGAACAUUCUGGAGCUCGCCCCGGUGCCGGGUCUACCUUACAUAGCCAAGGGGUUGGUGGCCGUCGUCGACAGAGUCAGGGAUGCUCGAACAAACGACGACACGUUCCGCGCGUUUAACGAGGAAGUCAUGGCGUUGGACGCGGUCAUUAGAGAGAUCUUGACGAAGACGCAGACGGCUGUAAAAGAUUACGAUGGAGACACCUUCGACAAGGAAAAACUACUGGAUGGCAUUGUGCGCUCUGAGGGGCUUCAAGUACGAACACAGGCGUUAUUGAACUCGAUCGGUGAACUUCGGGAGUCUUCAGGGGACCUCAAGAGCGGGAGUGGUUUCCGCGGGUUUCUCAAAGGCGUCAUUUAUGCCUCUAGAAAUGAGGCUACCCUGUCUAAAAUGAGGGACGCCAUGGCGAAGGCUGUCGCGAUGUUCAAGCUCCGCGGACAAGUUUCCAUAGAAAUGGUGCUCAACGAUGCUGUGAAUGAGGCAAAGAUGCUUCGCAAGGCCUUCAGGGAGGAAGAGGAACGGCGGGUUGUCGAUUCUAUUUUCCAUGCCCCAGCGGGGUAUCGCUCUGUGGAUCAGCUCAAGAGCGAGUUCAUGGAUGGCACCCGGGAAGAACUCUUCGAAGAACUAGACCAAUGGGCGGACGGCAGCUUUCCUGAGUACGAUCCGAAGCCAGUUUACUUCCUCGGUGGAGCCGCUGGUGUGGGCAAGUCCUCCAUUACUCACCAACUCUGUAAGCGCCUUGAUGGUGCGGCGCGACGCCAAUCCUGCCUAGGCGCGUCGUUCUUCUUCGUACGCGGUCGCCAAGGUCUCGAUUCGACUCGUGCCUUCUUCUCCACCCUCGCACACCAGCUUGCACAAUCCCAGCCCGCUCUCCGGCCUCAUAUCAUUGCGGCUGCGCGGGAAUAUCUCAAACAAGGUGAUCGGCAGCAGAUGCAAUACGCUUUCGAAGGACUCCUCCGAAAACCAUUGACCAACACCACCACCAUCGGGCAGAAGCCGGUCAUUCUCGUGAUCGACGGCCUGGACGAGUGUAGGGAACGAGACCUGCUACCCGAUCUCCUGCGAUUUAUGCUUGACUUAGUUCGCUUGGUAACUUGGCUGCGAUUGUUCGUCGCGUCACGACUGGAGCCGCAUAUCGUAGCAAUACUCCGGUCCGCUGAGUUUCACUCCAUUGUGCACUGCCGUAGCCUGGAUGAUACCCUCGAGGAGUGGAACGACGACGUCAAGCGCUACCUUGAAUUCACGAUACCCAAGAUUCCCCCAUACGAUACCUUCGUCCGCGAUAACCCCGACAUUCUCGAACGCCUCAUCCAGCGCGCGGCUGGCGUUUUCAUCUAUGCGCGCAUUGUCGUAACAUUUCUGGAUACAUAUCGCGAUCGUCCAGAAGAGCAAUUCGAGCUCCUUCUAGCAUCGGGAGGAGCAGGGCUCACGCCCUUGGAUGCUCUUUACCUCCAGAUCCUGCAAUCAGCAUUUCCACCGGAUGAUCUCCGCGCCAACGGUCGCCGCCAAGAACGCCUCCACUCGUUUUUGACCUUCAUUGCGCUCCAAUUGCAACCUAUCGCUUCUGGUGCCAUCGCAUUACUUGGACUUGGACUAUCCGAGAACGACGUCGUUGCGAUGGUGGAUCGCUUGCGCUCUAUCCUGUUAAUCGACCAUUCUGGCUGCGUGGUGCCCCUACAUGCCACUUUUGGCGAGUUUCUUCUUGACGACAAGCGUUGCAGCGAUCCGCUGUACCACAUAGGUCGAUCCAAGGGACAUGCUCGUCUUGCGUCUGGAUGUCUGACUGUGUUAACUUCUCCCCGAACUUUAUCAGGCUACUGGGAGACUGGACCGGGCAGUCACCUACGUAGCUGUGUUUAUUACGCGAGGCGGGGUUGGGACGAGCACCUCCAAAAUGCCGAGUUCAGCGACGGUUUGGCGGAGCAGGUGCAGGCCCUGAUACAAGCGACACCUGCAUAUAUGGGCGUCUACAGCUCCACAUUCUUUCAAAUAGGAGUCCCCGCGUCGAUAGCACGAUUUCUGAAGCCACACAUGGAUAUCGCGAAGGCAAACGAGAUAUGCGUCGAAUACGCAAAGUUCGUCACCUACAGUCGGAAGUGGUGGACUCAGAAGCGCAUGGAUCCUAAUGCUGUUCCGACAAUCAGCCUAGAUGAUAUCCAUGAGGCUACAGAGCUCUGGAUUGAGUCGGAGGUGGAUCUCAACGUCCAGAGCGGUGACGUAGCGCGAUACCAAGCUGCGCACGAAACGUUCGCGGGAGAAAUCGCGAACGCAGGGCUGGCAGAGCUGUGGUACAAGGGCUCGGAAUAGGAGUAUGUAUGCACGCCUGCCCGCGCAGACUUACCUUUUUCACGCCUCUGCUUAUGUAAUAUGCCCUCUUUCUACUAAUACAGCUCGCUCUCGCACAUCUAGAAUACAGCAUGGUCCACACAGUUUGUUGGACUGCAUGACCCAGUGUUCUCUGCCUAGCUAACAGAGUUCCAGACUAAUUCUUAUGGUGAGCAGGAACGGUAUAACGUUACAAUAUGUGUAUAGUAGUACUUGCAUGCUUUCUUCCCCAUGGACACUGCC